AACUGUCAAAACGAGAAAAUGAUUUACAAAUUCGUAACCAGGAAUUUACGGAUCAAAUGAAUAGUAUUUUAGAAGAAAAUGGAAACUUAAAUAAUAAAAAUAAGGAACUUAUGGAGAAUAAUAGAAGGCUCGAAAAUGACAAAAAAGCUCUAGAAGAAGAAAUAUCUACUCGUAAUGUUACUAUGACAAGAAAUCGGGAAACCAUUGAAGUUCUUGAACAUCAUAUAAGGGAGUAUGGAAAACAAAGAGUUUCCUUAGUUCAACAGAUUAGUGAACAUGAGCAAUCAAUCUCUCAACUUCAAAAAGAAAAAGAUCGGAAUUAUCUUAAUUUCGUUAAUUCAAACCAUCUGAACGAACAAAAGGAUCGGAAAAUUAAAGAAUUAAGGGAUGAGGCAUCUAAAUUGCAAGUAGCACUUGGUAGCGCAACUACUUUUCGUUUAAAUGAUGAUGAUAAAAAUAGCACUACGCAACUUAAUGCCGAUAUCGAAAACUUACAAGACUUAAUAGAGGAUUACGUUAGUAAUUUAAAAGGUGGUGUUAAUAUCGAUUUUAAUAGAAUAAACAAACUUUUAGAAACAUAUAGCUCCAAAACGAAAAUCGACCCACAGACUCCAAAUAAACCAUUAAUUAAAGCAGUCCUGCAGCGCCACGUCUUAACGAAAAUUUUAUCAUUUGCAAAUAGUUAUUUUAAUACAAUGGAUAAUCAUUCAUUUUUACUUGAAUCUAACAUUUUCAAUAAAACAAAUGAAUUGAUCGAGUCCAUUAAAAAGUUGUCAUAUGAACGUGUGGGAUCAGAUCAUGUAACCCAAGCAGCACCGAUAAAAUUGCGUCAACAAAUUUAUGCUGUACUUGGCUAUCGUGGAUUCGCUGACAUACCUGGAAAUGGUUUGCAUUCGUUUAUUGCAGAAUGUCAAGAAAAACUUAACAAUUCCAUAAAUCGAUAUCGUUCAUUCAAAGAUCCUAAAAAAAAUUCAUCACUUGAAGAAAAAGCCGUCGAAUUAAUUAUUGAAGUUAUUAGAAUAUUCUUUUUCCGUUUCAAAGUUCAGGAACCAGUUGUCCAUUUUCGUUGGUUUUCAUAUGGCUAUGGAAUAUCAAAGAAAUAUAUGAAAGUACUGUGUGACGAUGAUGAUAUAGAAGAAGCUUUUGUCGACAUUUGUUCUUUUCCAUUAAUUGGAAGAGACUUAAAUGAUGAUUCAAAACGCAAAAUAUUCACUCAUGCUAAGGUUUUUACACGAAUAGAGCCUAAAAAAAAGAGUUUGGUAAAACAAGCCUUCACUGCUACAGUUGCUACAGUUGCUAAAAGCAUUGAAAGCAUUGGUGCAAUUACCAGAGGAGAACAAAAACUCAAGAGUAAAGAUCACAGUUAUGAACGGCAUGAUCCCCAACAAUUUCAAUCUGCUCAGUAUUACGCAACGACUAAUUAUUCUACGGCACCUACUGAGAUUAACAAAAAUACUGCGAUUAAUGAAGGUUCCUCUAAAACUGAAGGUACUAGUACUGAAUCUUCUAAA